AUGUCACAAGCGGUUCCGACGGGAAGGCUCAUCCGUGUCCGGCCAGGUUUGGCCAGGAACCCCACCGGACCUGGGGAGCGCCAGCGCCGCGCCCCCGGGUGCGAGGACCGGGACCCAGUCGGCGUCGUUAAAUCGCACGACUCGGGGCUGAACGAUAUCCCAGACAAGCGCGGAAAGUGA